AUGCAGUACGAGCUCCCAGCCUGCGGUGAUGGUAGCGUCUCCAGCGCAACUGACUUCUCGUCGUCGGAUGUCCCUCCGUUGAUGCCGCACUCCCCUUCAUCCUCAUGCACCUCCUCGGAUUCUGGCUCGGGUUCUGUAAAGACCGAGGCCUCCCUGUUCACUGAAGACUUCGUCGACAUGAGCCCUCCUCUCGAAGAUACAAGCCUUCACAAGGAUGCUACCGAGGACUGCACCAAUAACACGCUCAAUCAUCAGCUCGGGCCUCAGCAUCACGCACAACUCCCUUACUACAACGCCCCUUGGGAUGCUGUUAAUUCCCAGAAGAUGCUGCUCGGCAAUGAGCCCAUUCUAAACACCGAUAUAAACGCUCCUGCGCUUCAGCAUGCGCCCGCAAUGACGGGGCCAGGUGUGUAUGAUAUUGCCAUGCAGCAACAGGGCAACUUCGGACGGAUGGCUACCAUGCCUGGUGCCAUGCAGACAUGGGAUGUGAUGGAUUUCAGUGCCAUGUCACAGCAGCAGCAGCAACAACAACGAAUGUGGCCGGUGUUGACCUCGAGCAUUGAGAUGCCAACAGCUCUGCAGCCAGGACUACAGAGCAGCUUGCCUUACAUGCCCACACUUUCGCACGGGCUGCCAAUCAACACAUCUCCCCCAACCUCUGCUCCCCACGGUACCUACCCGUAUCAUCAUGGAGGAGAGCUGGACGGCGAUUCGUGCCAUUCCAUCUAUCCCGUACCUCCGAGCUUCGAUUCACCGCCGCGCUCGGCAUCAGUUGAUCGAUUCUGCGGCAUUGACAGCUACCGUUCAUUAAAACGGGAGCACCGCCCGCUCUUGGCUCGCCACAUCCGCCACCGAUCAUCACCUCUACAGCGUCCUCGGAGCAGGAUGGACGAUGAUCGGUACUACCCCAGCAAAAGCCCGUCCCGUGGCUACGCUCGCAGGUACUAUAGCGAAUCGUGUUCCCCUCGCUCAUUCUCUGUUGAAGACUCAGACUUUGAUGAGGAGACUGGCGAAAUCGUAGUGGGAGGUGCCGAGCGAACAGCCAGGGAUGAAUUCUUGCUCAAGUAUCGCAGCAAGGGCUGGACAUACAAGCAGAUCAGGGAGAGAGGCAACUUCGCCGAGGCAGAGUCAACGCUGCGGGGCAGAUACCGGACAUUAACCAAGGAAAAAGAGGCGCGUGUGAGGAAGCCUGAGUGGCACGCAAACGAUAUCAAAUUACUCAAGCGUGCUGUCAAGAAGCUCGGGAAGAGCGACAGCAAGGGAGACAUCAAGAAGAUCUCCUGGAAGCAGGUGGCUGAGUACAUCUCUGAAAGUGGGGGUUCAUACAGCUUCGGCUAUGCUACUUGCCGCAAACGCUGGGAUGAGCUCACUACCCGCAAAGAGGACGCCGACGGGUCCUAA